UAUGUGCACCAUUUUCAUGUAGGAUGAUCAGCAGGUCGUCAUGAAGCGCAAAACAGAGCUUGGUGGAACUUUUUCAAUAGCUAGUUGGAUACUUUUUAUUGGUCUGUUUGCUGCUUUGCUCUACCAAAUCAUAUCGAAGAGAGCUAUUGAGAUGCACAAUGUGAGAGCAACAAAUGCACCUGAUUUAGCUGCUUUUAUAAACGAUUUGGAGUUUAACAUCACUACCAUCUCAAGUAUGAGUUGCUUACACUUGCGUGGUCUCGGAACCGUGGUAACUGGGAACCCAGGCUUCGUUGACUAUCGAUUUGCUCCUCUGUCAACAUUUGCCAACUAUUCCUGUAUAAACACAACUAAAGGACCAACUAUCGUGCUUAAGUGCAGCAACUGUCCAAUUAGUCGAGAUAGUGCCUAUAUUUCAUGGCAAUUUGUUGAUCUCCCAAAUAGUCCUGCAACAGCUAUUGGUUUUCAGUUCAACCUAACAGCAAAAGAUCCUAAAAAUAAGAAACAUCUGAGCUUGGUCAGUGGAACACUGAGGAAUGGAAGCAAUUUUGAUAACAAACCGGUUACAUUUAGAGGGCUGACACCAAAUAUAUUGAAGUUCAAUUUUUUCCCUAGAAUGUACCAUAAUUUGCAUGACCUGAGGCUUAUCCAACCACUACUUCAUGAGUUUCUGCCAGGUUCAUCUUUUAAUGAGAUAAGUCAACUCCAAGCCUCAGUUCAAAGGCCUAAUGAUGGACUAAUCAACACGACAUUAUAUGUCAACUUCCUAUCUUCGUAUAUAGUUGAGAUCAAGAAUCAAAAUGUUUUGGGGCCUGUAAGCUUCCUUGCGGAUCUUGGUGGCCUUUAUUGCAUCAGUAUUGGCCUCUUCUUCUACAUUUUGGUGCAGUGUGAAUAUAGGAUCAAGAAAUUACGCAAUGAGGAUUGUGUAAUGCGGAAGGUUAGAAGUCGCCGAAAAGCUCAAGACCGCUGGGAUAAACUGAGGAAAUAUGUGAUGUACACAUACGCUCCUAACCAAUUGGAAGAGGUGUACGACAUGAGAAAUGAUGGUUGUUGCACAGGUGUCAAAAUGGAAUCACUCAACAGAAAGAGCUCUUCAGUUAGAGGAAGAGGGUCUAGCAGAUUAGAUACCAUCAGUUUUAGCCGAAAAGUUAGCUUACCUAGUGAAAAGAGAGCCAUUUCAGAGCAGAUUGAUACUCAAGGUGCCACACGUUUUUUGCCUGAAUCUGCAGCAGAUUGCCGAAAGAGUACACGUCUGAAGGAAGAAAGAUUUCAAGAAAAUGCUGUACCUCCAAGCACGAAAGAUAGUAAACCUGAAGAUUUAGAUAUUGUUAUCCAGUCUCCAGCUUUUUCUGCAGCUGACAACUUAACUGUUCCACCUCCGCCUCCAUUAGAAUCACAGGCUGCUGAUCAUAUAAGUAUGACCAAUCUCCAGAAAGAUCUCCAAAACCUCUACGAAUACAAUAUGUUGCUCAGGGAAAAGUUGAUUGCUGCCCAGUCAAUGCUUCAUGCAUUAACCAACAAGGAGUCGACUUUAGCAGCUAAUAAUGGUGAUAUUAUUACUAGAGAAUGAUUGUGCUCAAUUGAAGUGGCAAGAAGACAGCUGCAACUUGUCCAAACACUUCCAUUCUCUUGAAUAUUCUGAGAGAUUCUGGGAAUUUGUAUUAUGGAGGAAACAGGCUCAAAAACUGAUUAUUGAAGGAUGCGGUAAGCAAAUUUGUGUACAUGUUGCUGACUUGGUUAUCUGUAGAGUUGUGGUUGAUAAUGCCCUGUUAGUAGAACAAACACUGAAUGCAAUGCUCAAAGGUGAUGAAGUACUUCUCUCUGUGCUGUACAUUACAAAUUCGGAGGCAUUGUGACCUGAGAAUCAUUGCCAAUGGUACUAUCGAUGACAGUCUUCUGUUUGUUGUAUGAUUUUAUUACAUUUAGCAGGGAGUUCAUUCUUUUGGAGCAGGAUUAUGUUCCUUUAUGAGUUAAAUAUCUGAGCUGGUGUAAUGUACAAUAUGUAGGACAAUGAUUUAAGGAAAUUUGAUUACACGAUAUUGGUGCACUAGCGUGAAUUAGCUAUAAUAGUUACUGGGCUAUGUAAAUCUACCCGAGACAGUUCUGUAUUGGUACUCCUUGUUCUUGUUUCUCUUCAACUGCUUACAGUUUUCCCAGUUUCGUUUCGUCAAAAGUGAGAAAAUGUAAAAGACUAGAUUUUUGCAACA